AUGUUCCUCGCCCAUCUUUUCUUGAUUACUUUGCUGUUCGCCGUGGCUCCUUCUUCCUUGGCAACGCCCACCAAAGACCUCGUCCGUGGAGGCAGCUCUCGCAUUCGCGGUGGAGGUCGUCGAAACUUGAGUGGCUCUAGUGGAGGAAUGGGCAUGUCCAUGGGCCCCGACUGCAUGUCGAUGAUGGGCGGCAUGAUGGGCGGCAUGAUGGGAUCCGGUUCCAUGUCGGCGCCAUCGUCAUCGUCAUCGUCAUCCGACAGCAUGGAGACGGAGGAACCUGUGGAUUACUGCAUUCCUCGGUCGUUGUUUGCUUCGAGUCGGGAUGGAUAUCUGUUCGAGAUUGACUACACGACUAGCGAGGUGAUUGAUGUCAAGCCAUAUCAUCUCCCUUCACCUUCCACUGAGAUUGUUUUUGACAAGGAGAGCAACACGUUGUGGAACGCUCUAGGAGGAGGCGCGGCUUCAAUCUUCAACGUUGACAAGCAGGGCAGCGUGAUUGGUUACCCUAUGGAACACGAGUUUGGCGCCGUCCAAGGAAUGGAGUACGUUGAUGGCACUCUUUAUGGGACCUUCUUUGAUGUCGACAUCAUGUUCACGGAAACAAUGGGCAAUGCCACCAAUGCCACUGUUGACUUGUCAUGGAAGCUGGUCGAAAUUGACACGGGGGACCGCGACUAUCCCCUCGUUGACAUUGGUCACACAGGCAUUGAAAACCCAAUCUCUGGGUUGGCCUAUGACACAGCCAACGAGAUCAUGUAUGGAGUCACUGCUGGAUAUGCUUACGCCAAUUUGGCAACAAUUGAUCUUUUGUCUGGAGCUGUCACAAGCGUGAUUCCCAUCACAGUGGAUGGCUACGAAAUUGCAAGGCCGAGUUCAGUGGUGUAA